UUGAAGUAACAGUUUGAUGCAUAUUUAAAUUAAUUUAAUAUAGCUGGAUUGUUCACAGAUACAGGUAACUGCCAAAAAAAGUAAACAUUUUAGUAAAUGAGGGAUACAAAGUAUAUUGAAAGCAGGUGCUUCCACAAAGGUGUGUUCCUGAGCAAUUCCUAAGCAAUUUACAUCCCAUCAUGCUUAUGUAUAAAAGGCCCAGUUGCCCAUUAUUUUGACUACCAUGGCAAUGCCCCCAUCCACAGGGCACGAGUGGUCGCUGAAUGAUUUGAUGAGCAUGAAAACAGUGUAAACCAUAUGCCAGAGCCGUCUGUUACCAGAUCUCAACCCAAUUGAGCACUUCUAGGGAGAUUCUGAAGCAGCGUAUUCCACGACAGCAGCAACAAAACACCAAAUGAUUGAUUUCCUCAUGGAAGAAUGGUGUCGUAUCCCUCCAAUAGAGUUCCAGGCAUUUGUAGAAUCUAUGCCAAGGCGCAUUGAAGCUGUUCUGGCUCUUGGUGGCUCAACGCCCUGCCGUUUUAAAAUAAACUUUAUGUUGGUGUUUCCUUUAUUUUGGUAGUUACCUGUUUCAUUGUCUUUUGUCCUAAAGGACUCAAAACCAAUAAGACUGUGGUUGUGCACGUUAUGGAGAAUACAUACCACCUUGAAUUCUACAAUUUCCCACAUGUUCUGAAGCCAUCUUUAAACUUUUCAACACAUCUGAAAAUAUCCAGGUACGACAACGACCCUCUGACUCCAGAGGAUCGGAUUAACUCUGUGUUCAUUGACAUCGGUCACAGAACAUCUAAGCCCAUCGGACAGAACCAGGGAGAAACCAACUCCGAUUCACCACAAGACAAGAUGGAGGACAUAAAAAGCUAUAGACGCUUGACUCUACCAGUGCCUGAGGAUGGGAUCGUACACAUUGAGUUCCAGUUACACAAAGAAGUAGAGAUGCUUUUGAUUCAGGCCAUGUUCAUGGGCAGUGAGGAGAGCCUGGAGCUCUACAAUAGUAACCACUCCUCUCCCAGUGGAUCAUACAUCCAGAUCCAACGCCUCCGCUCUCCACCACAGAUUGGGAAACCUCUUCCUAUAUCUGUAGGGAGCACUUUCCAACUCACUGAGCUUCACUAUCUGGUGACGUCCAGGGGUCAGGUGGUGGCUGCUGGGACAGCAACCUCUCCCUCCUUCUCUCUGUCCCCUGCAGUAUCCUGGUCACCAGAGGCCUGCAUCACUGUGUUCUGUGUCCUACCAGAUGGAGAGAUCAUCAAUGACUCAAUGCACGUCUUCAUCAAGCCCCAUGGAGUCCUACAAAAUGAAGUAUAUCUGAGCUGGAGCCAUGAGAAGGUGAUGCCAGGUGAAGAGGUGUCCCUCACUGUCCUUGUGAUUGAACCUGGCUCUCUGGUCGGAAUCAUGGUGGUGGACAUUGAGGACAAGGACUCUGACUCUGGUGACAUCACAGAGGAGAAGGUGCUGGCGGAAAUGACUGAAUACCUCAAGGAGGAGUUAACCCUUCACGAUAGUGGAAUAACUGGAGGAAACGACAGCCCGCUCUCCGUUUUCACGGCUUGCAACCUUGUGGUAUUAACAGAUGCCAGUUUACAUACAACUGAAGAUUAUCAGGAGACUGAAAUGGAUCAUGAGGCAGAGGAUCAGCCGGAGUGGAGGCCUUCCAUGGGACAGGACUUCUCGAAGACCUGGCUGUGGCUGGACAUGAACAUCAGUGAGUCAACAACAACUAGUUUCCAUGUGGCUGUCCCAGACAGCAUCACCUCCUGGAGAGCAAUGGCGUUUGUUAUGUCAGAUAACCUGGGCUUGGGCCUCACCUUUAAACCACAGAAGCUGAUAGUGUCCACGGAUUUCUCCCUGUCUCUGGAUGUCCCAGAAUGCAUCACCAGAGGGGAGCAGCUUGUCCUCGAGGUCAACCUUUUCAACCAUCUAGAAGAGGACACUGAGGUCAUAGUGAUGGUUGCUGAGAGCUCUCGCUUUGAGUUUGUUCUGGCAGACCGAGACCUUGUUUCUAUGGUGAACGCACGUAGAGUGACGGUGGGGAGCCAGGGCGGCGCCACCGCUCUCUUUCCCAUCAGGCCUCUGGUUUUUGGAGAGAUAUUGAUGUCUGUGAAAGCAAUGACUGGACAGGCCACAGAAAAGAUUGUUCGUAAAGUGCUUGUGAAGCCUGAGGGUAAAGAACAGUCCUACUCAGAGACCAUGUUCCUGGAGGUGGUUCCGACCAACCAUAACCUGUCCAGACAGCUCCACUUCUCCUUCCCUCCAGAUGUUGUGCCAGGCAGCGAGAGGGUUCACGUGGCAGUGGUUGGUGAUAUCUUGGGCCUGUCCAUCACAGGGCUGGGCUUGCUGGUUAAGAUGCCUCUCGGCUGUGGAGAGCAGAACAUGAUCAACUUCGCUCCCAACGUCUAUGUCCUGCAGCGCUUGGCAAAAUCCAUCCAGCCAUACGAGGAGAUACGCAGCAAGGCUUUGUCAUACAUGAUGGAAGGAUAUCAGAGACAGCUAUCUUUCCAGAGAGAUGAUGGAUCCUUCAGUGCCUUUGGAGCCAGCGACACUUCUGGUAGUACCUGGCUGACAGCGUUUGUCCUGAGGUGUUUCCUGCAGGCCCGGUCCUUCAUGCAGAUUGACCAGAGUGUUCUCUCCAAGGCCAUGGGCUGGCUGGUCCAGCAGCAGGGAUCCCAGGGAGAGUUCAUCGAGAUGGGCAGAGUCAUUCAUACUGAGCUGCAGGGAGGCCUGGAUGGACCCGUCUCUCUCACCUCCUAUGUACUGGUGACACUGCUGGAGGACCAGGCCUAUGUGAGUAUGUUCCCCGGCAACGAGUCCCUAACCAGGAGCUAUCUGGAGGGCGAAGUGGCUAGCGGGGUGUCCAGUAACUACAGCCUGUGUCUGGCGGCAUACGCCCUGUCUCUGGCUAACAGUCUCACCGCAGGCACAGCCCUGGAUGAGCUCAAGAGGAGAGCUGAUAUUAGAGAUGGGGUCCAGACCUGGCGGUCGUCCAGUGCCGAGGUGUCUGACUCAUGGCAGCCGCGAUCAGCAGAGAUAGAGAUGGCUGCCUACGUGUUGCUGGCACUGUACAAGCGGGCUAGUGUGGUGGAGGCCAUCUCCCUCAUGAAGUGGCUGAGUCAGCAGAGGAACCACCUGGGUGCAUACGGGAGCACACAGGACACAGUGGUAGCCCUACAAGCCCUGUCUGUCUACGCUGCCUUUAGUGGGGCAGAUGCCAUUGAGCUGGGGGUCGAAGUGUCCUCCUCAGUCUCACCUACAGUGUCCCAUUUCAACAUCAACUCCACCAACUACCUGGUACAUCAGAGCAAAGAGGUAGAUGCUGAACAAGAUUUACUCAUCAAUGUAUUUAUGGAGGGAAGAGGAUUCGCCUUAUUUCAGAUGAAUGUGUUCUACAACAUAGAGGACAGAGUGCUGUCUGAGAGGAGCCAUGAUGACACAGACCAUGAAGGUUUCUCUCUGGAAGUUGAAGUGUUAGAUGAUGAGGAUGACCUGGACCAUAUCAUGUUAUCCAUAUGCACCAGGCUGCUGGAGAGCCAGAAGAUAGCUCAGACAGGUAUGGUGCUGGUAGAUGUAGGUGUGCUGAGUGGCUUCACCCUUGCGCCACAGGCUGUUGCCACGGGUGACCUGGUCAGAAAAGUUGAUGCUUCUCCUGGGAAAGUUAGCCUCUAUUUAGAUUCAUUGACCACAACACAGGUGUGCAUCAGAAUCCCAAUGAUAAGAAACUUCAAAGUGUCACGUGUGCAUGAUGCUGUGGUUCAGGUGUACGACUACUAUGAACCAAGGCGUAAAGCAGUGAGGUCCUACAACUCCGAUGUGAUGCAGGACAUGGGCUCCUGUGCCUUCUGUGGGAGAGACUGCGGUCUCUGCAGACAAGAAAUAAUAAUCUCGAGCUCCUCCACCGCCCACACAAAGAACACUGCCAUCUACUGGUUGGGAUGUGUACUGAUUGCAAUUACAGCUUUACUGUUAUAACAAUAUCAAUGUCUCCUGGACAGAUCUACGUAGACAUAAUUGGCACCAUAGAAUCUAUGGGAUGUGUGAGAUAACGAGCAGCAGUAGUUCUGAUGAGGUUUUUUCGUCGCUAGUUAUUUGGACAAAUCACGAUUUAGCCUCUUCAGAAUUGUGAAUGGGAGCGGACAUUCGGCCCGUAACUGAUUCUAGCAUUUCUUGAUCACUUUUGGACCCAGAACUUAAUCCAACAGCUGCCCAAUUACACAAGACUUUAGUUCCAUGUUAACUGAGAUUAUAAUAAUAUAAACUGCAUAUUUUAAAAGCCGUUGUCCGAAGGCAAAAACUACCUGUAGAAAUAUCGAAUUAUUAUUCUAUGAAUAUAUUUUAUUUACUUUAGCCUUAAUCAGUAAAUUGGUCAAAUCAGACUGUUUUAUUAGCUAUUUGAUGCGCUGGAUUUAAUGUGGAAUGUACUUUUAAUAUUUAUCAUAAAUCUGGGUUUUUUAGAAACCUCAUUCAUUUGUACACAAAUGUAAACAAAGGAAAAUAAAUUGAGGUGAAUAUA